AUGGCUCGUCCAACAUCUCAAGCAUUCAUAAACACCACGCAUCGUUAUGAUAUCGCAAACCCAGAUGCCGUGAUUCAGUUAUCCUCGACAACCCAGGCGAAGAGAAAACUUUUGAUCUGGAAUGCGCGCGGAGCGCGGCGGAAAUUCCGACUCGCCGAAACGAUACAAGAAAAUGGCGAACCCGAGUAUCCACACGGCCAUGCUCUUUACCUCGAUGUCGAUCGUGAUCCUGUCAUCCCCAUGUACGCAAUUGUCCAAUACCAACCGAGCGAAUGGCACAUCGAGGUUCGGCACGACGCUGGCGGGGAGCCCGUUGUCUAUCCAUUCAAGACAAAGACAGGAGCGUUGAACUUCCAGGCGUUGGUAACGGGCUACGACGUUGACGUCACGGCGUGCUUCGAGGGAGUUCACGUCGCCGUUGUACAUGUCUCUGAUGAAACCGGUCCGAAGCUCCUCAGAAAACUGAAGCCUAUGGCCGAAUUAGAGGACAUGGCGCAGGUUCAACUUUGGCAGCGGAGACCCCCAUUAUCCGGCGUUGGUUCGCCGUCCCGGCAAUCGGUCGCCUCCGAUCCGAGAAGGGCAUCGACCUUUAGGACCGUCACGUCUGCGCGAGACGCGGUUAGUUUGCAAACCGACCCCAUCACGAAACAAGACGUCUACAUCUCUGAAGCUCUGCCGCCGCCCGUCCUCGUUGCAUUUAUGCUCUCUCGAGAUGGUCGCGCGACGAUGCUCAAGAUAAAUAUAUCCGAGAUGCAGGCCAGGGUAACUGGAAAACUUCUCCACCUGUCCAAGCCAUCCGGUCGAUUUAAGGCGACUCGAGUCUCCGUACGCCAGGAAGAACUCGCCGGCUGGAACAUUUGUCGCCUAGGAACUCUAGCCAGUGUGGAGGAAGAAGAUGUUCUCGACUGCACCUAUUUAACCCUGGCCCCGUCUCAAAGCGAAGACGUGGAUAGUCUUCACAACAAAAUACUUGAGCUCAAACUUAACUAUCUUCGGACAGAACUGGCACGGGACCAGGCCCGUAGUGCUGUGAAGAGCAACAGGCGGCCGUCAUUCCCUACGCCGCCCGAAUCUCCUUCAUCGUCUGCGUCGUCAAGGGCACGGAGCUUUGUGGGACUACCGUCUCUUGCGAGUAUUCCGUCUCUUGAUGCCAUGUUUAAUGAGGCUAUGACACCUCCUGUUGAACUUAGUGGGGAUCCAGAACCCGUCGAGUUGGAUGGGAGUGCCACGAUACGGCCGAGGCGAGGGUGGAGGCGGUUUAGGUGA